AUGAAGAUUCCUUCCCUCUUCCUCUCCGCCGCUGGCGCCGUCUCGGCCCUCACCAUUGCCGAGAUCAACGGCAACAAGUUCCUGUCCCCGUACAAGGACCAGACCGUGACCAACGUCACCGGUCUGGUGCUUGCCAAGGGUCCCAGCGGCAUCUGGAUCCGUUCCACCGAGCCUGACGACGACGACGCCACUUCCGAGGCUGUCUACGUCUACGGCAGCUCUGUCGGAACCAACCUCACGGUUGGCGACAUUGUUACUCUGGACGGCAAGGUGGCGGAGUACAGGUCUGCCACCAACUACAUCUACUUGACCGAGAUCAGCUCUCCCAAGAACGUCGUCGUCGUGUCCAAGGGCAACGAGGUCACCCCUCUCGUCAUCGGCGUUGACACCCUCAACCCUCCCACCGAGCAGUACACCAGCCUCGACGGCGGCGACAUCUACGGCGUGCCCAACGCCGCCGCCAACAUCUCCACUGAGAACCCUGUCUUGGACCCCAAGUCCUACGGCUUCGACUUUUGGGAGAGCUUGAGUGGCGAGCUCGUGACUGUCAAGAACCCCGUCGCGGUCACUCGCCCCAACCAGUAUGGCGACACCUGGGUUGUUGGCGACUGGCCUGCCACCGGCCGCAACGAGCACGGCGGCAUCACCAUGACUGCCAAGGACUCCAACCCCGAGGCCAUCGUCAUCGGCUCCCCUCUCGACGGCACCAGCAACCCCGAGUCCAAAAUGGGCGACCAGCUCACCGAGAUCACUGGUGUGGUCACCUAUGCCUUCGGCUUCUACCGCAUCCUCCCCCUGACCGCCAUCACCUUCGUCAGCGAGGCUGCCAACAACGCCCCGGCCACGACCCUCACCAGCAGCGGCGACUGCAGAGGCAUCACCAUCGGCGCCUACAACGUCGAGAAUCUCGCUCCUACCUCAGCCCACCUCCCCUCCAUCGCCGCCCACAUCGCCGACUACAUGAAGACCCCCGACCUUAUUUUCGUUCAGGAGAUCCAGGACAACACCGGCCCGACGAACGACGGCGUUGUCUCCUCCAACGUCACCCUCUCCACCCUGACCGCCGCCAUCGAGAGCCACACCAACGGCACCGUCUACGACUUCGUCACCAUCGACCCCGUCGACGGCCAGGACGGCGGCCAGCCCGGCGGCAACAUCCGCGUCGCCUACCUCUACAGGCCCGACGUCGUCGAGCUGUGGAAGCCCAACCCCGGCGGCAGCACCGAUGCCAACGAGGUCCUGGCCGGCCCCACGCUCAAGUACAACCCCGGCCGCAUCGAGCCCGCCAGCAGCGCGUGGAGCGCGAGCCGCAAGCCCCUCGCCGCCGAGUGGCGCGCCAUCAACGGCCCACAGAACAAGACCUUCUUCACCGUCAACGUCCACUGGGCGUCCAAGGGCGGAUCUUCCUCUCUGCACGGCGAUCCCCGUCCUCCUAACAACGGCGGCGUCGACGAGCGCAUCGAGCAGGCCGAGGUCACUGGUGCCUUUAUCGCCCAGAUCCUCGCCGAGGACCCCAACGCCCGCAUCAUCACCAGCGGCGACUUCAAUGAGUUCACCUUCGUCGAGCCCCUGACCACCUUCGCCUCCAAGUCCGGCCUGCUCGACCUCGACGAGGUCGUCGGCAUCCCCGUCAACGAGCGCUACACCUACGUCUACGACAUGAACGCCCAGCAGCUCGACCACAUGUUCGUCAGCCCCGCGCUCUCCAAGGCGAACCAGACGCACUACGAGCACAUCCACGUCAACUCCUGGGAGCUGUACGACAACCUUGUUAGUGACCACGACCCCUCUGUGGCGCAGUUCAACGUUUGUGGGUGCUAG